AUGCCCCUCGAUGUUGUUUCCGACGAUGAUGUCGAUCUGUUUGAGGAGGUCCCACCUGAGGCUGACCAUGAGGGUGAGGCCCCUAUUGCUGCUGAUGUCAUCUUACCCAUUGCUGAUGCUCCUGCAGAGGAGGCACCCUUUGUUGCUGAUCAUCCUGUUGUUGCUCCACCGUUAGUGGAUGAUCAUGUUGCUGACGCUCCUGUUGACGCUCCACUCUUGAUGGAGGAUCCUGUUGUUGCACCACUUCCUGAUCCCCUACCGGUGCUGUUCGAUCGCGCACCUUUUGCGACCCAUAUAGAUCCACGUUACGCCGACACCCAUAACGGGUGGAUAGAUGAUGAUGAUGAUGAUUACCCACCAUUCGUGUUCCCUGUUACGCCCCCUGUAGCCCCCGUUUCAGCACCCAUUUCAGCUCCCACUGAUGUUCCCUUGCUUCCCCCACACAUCUCAGACGCACACCGCACUGAUCUUCCUGUUACAUUUCUUCAGGACAUACUGCCACCACGUCCUGGAGAGGGGUCAUCUAGGCAGCCGCCUAUUCCUGUACCACCCAUGUUGUCAUCACCUUUUCCAUUUGUACCACAGUUUCCCACUGUUGCACCAUCUACUGCACCAUUCUUCACUCCAUCUAGCGAGCCAUUCCUAUGGACUACACCCCCUAUCAUGCCCCUGUCCGAUCCAUAUCACCCAUACCAUGUUGGGUAUCCUACGGAGGACAUCCUUACUUCUUUGAUGAUAGACCAGGAGGCACUGACCCGUCGCAUACAGGAGCUGGAGAGAGCUCAGCGACCACCUUGCCGUUAUUAG